AUGUCUGAUAUCAAGAUGAGCAAGACUUCAGAUCGCUACAUAUUCACCCGAGACUACUUGACCGUCAAAGUCUGGGAUAUGAAUAUGCCAACGGCUCCAGUGGAAGUUCACCCUGUCCAGGUUAAAUUACAAAAUCAGCUGAGCAUAUUAUAUGAAUCGGAACUGCUUUGUGAUGAUUUCAAAUUGUCCAUAUCGUCGGAUGAUAGGUUGGUCAAAGUAUUCGAUCGUCAGUCACUUGAACAUCGAGAAUACAGCCUAGUUAUGCAGAAAGAGGAUCCAAACCCCUUUGUAGAUCCCUUCCGUUCCCAAGUAGAUCCAAGUCCUUAUACAAUCUCCAUGAGUGAUUCCGCCGAAUCACCUUGGCCGCGUCGCAUUGUGGAGGACAAAACUGAGGCAGCUGGAAAUUUAUUGGGAUCAGACUUCUCUCCAGAGUUCGCGCGAUUCGGCCUGGACGGUGGAUGCAAAUGGCUCCAAGUUAGUUGGCGACCUGGGUCCUAUGUAGUCGCAGUUAGUCACAAUGAUGGGAUACACUUAUUAGAGGCUUUAUGCUAG